CUGCCAGGGCCUCGCCCCCUCCCACACACCCACCCACUCCCACUCCCUCCCAACACUAGUCCUUCCUGUCACCUCCACCUCCCUCCAUGACCCAGCUCUGCUUACCCAGGCCCAAAGCCCUUGCUUAUCCUAUCCCAGUCCCUCCCAGAGGCCUGGGUGCUGGGGAGGAGUCCCAUAGUCCAGUGGGUCCAUGUAUGUCCCCCUGGAGCCCUAGCGUCACCCAGCUCUGGGACAGUGUCCAGGGGGCACUGGGGCUGACAAUCCGCACAGUCUUUUCCACGGCCGGCCCAGCCUCACUGCUGCUGUUGCUACUGGUCAGCUUCCUGGCCUUCGACCUGCUCCACUGGCCCGCAGGCCCCCGCCAGCCACAGCACACACUUCUCACGGGAGGCCAGAGUCAGGGGGCCGGUGAGGGUCCGGGACAGGAGGGGGCUGUACUCCUGCCUACGGUGGCAGUCACGGGAGGCGUCAGCCCCCAGGAGGCCCUGGGCCUGGGGCUGCUCCUGGGAGCCCGCGGCGUGCCCUUGGCCCUGCUUGGCCUGGCUUUUUGCCUCCAUCCUUGGGCCUGAGUGCCCU